AUACGCGAGAAUGAGGAGGCGUUUACAGCCUCAUUGACCAGGAUCUCCAAAGAGCUCGAUAUCUUGCAUCAAAUUCAGCCCGACCGAUGCUCAUGUGGUGUGAGUGAAAGGCGCGGCGGAUGGGAAUCACUCAGCUCAUUCCGUUACAUAGGUUUCUACGACAUCCUAUGAUUCCAGGCUGCAUGUGACCUCCUUGACAUCUGGGCAAUCUAAGUUGACAAUCUACUGAGCUUUUGUCUCUUGCCUCGACUUCGACAGUUCUCACAUCCAUUAAUAUCGCGUCAUGUGGGAAUGAACUAUGGAUCUCCUUUUUUGAACCUCCGCGAAGGCAGUCGAUUGCGGAGACAAGUGAACGCUAAAUUGAAUGUCAGCAUCAAUCCUGCUGCUGGAAGGAGUCACCUCUUGUGCACCGCGAGCAACGAUCUUUCCCUGAAAAUAUGGGACCUUCGAAAGCUUAUGUUAAUUGAAACUAGAGCACUUGUUGAGGGUGAUGAUGACGGCUCCAAAGCGAAGCCGCCUCCUGUCCUAGAAGAAGAUCACGAGGCUGCCACGGAUUUCCUUUCAUCAAAACUUGGUCGGGGCUGUAUCCUUGGGCAAAUUGAGCAUAAAUACAGUGUUAGCUCAGAUUUUUGGGACCCUAGAGGGAGGGAAAUAGUGACAACGUGCUAUGAUGAUAAUUUGAGAAUUUGGGAUCCAGAUACUUGGCUCUCAUCGGGAGAGAAAUUAAAGUUUCCCCAGCCAAUCCAAAAAGCUUAUAACUGUCGAACUGGACGUUUGUUGACGGUGCUGAAGGUUCAGUGGUGUUAGAAUCUCAAUGAACCAUCCCACUUCACUGUCGGAUCGAUGGAUCAUUCAUUAUAUAUCAUUGCGUACAACGGAGAGGAGAUUGUGAAGCUCGCCGAUCGC